UUACAUUCAGAACCAUCUUGGAACUGUUCCUAAAUAUCUAUAAGUUUCAUUUGGCCCGGCAUACACUCCGUCUUAUCAUUAUCAACUUGUUUACAUUCAGAAUCUUUGUAUAGGAGGGAACAUUUUAAAUAUUUUCCUCUCCUCUUUCUUCCAAUGCUUAUGUCAUUCAUAUAGUGAUGAAUUUUGAAUCUUGCGAAGUUAAUAUGUCUCAAUGGAAACGAGAAUUCCCCUUAAGUGUGAGAGAUGCACUAAUGAAAGCUGAGGAACUCAUUAACUCUGCCAGCACUAGUAGUAGACACCAAGGUAUAAAACAAAGUGAGUUAGCUAUGGAAUUGAUAACAGAAUCUGUGUUUUGUGAAUCUGACAGAAGAGGAGUUUCAAAGAUGCUAUCUAAGCUGCAAGAGGCAGAACUGAUGGAAGUUAUAUCAGAUCAUAUGCUGUAUGAUGCUCGUGGCAGUGAAGCCUCAAGAAAUGCUUUGUUUCAGGCUCUAUUUCCACCUACCGCAACCUCAAGGAUACACUUUUUGGUGUCACUUAUUUCUCUUGCCAUUUCUACAAGGAAUACUCCAGUCCUAAAAGCAGCCAGUAUUCUUCUACAGCAAGCUGGGUGUUCAACUCCAUUUUCUGGAAAAGUAGCCCGUGGACUUGUUGAGGAAUUCUUCAUUUUGGUCAACGCCAACUGUCAGGUCGUAAUCGACUUGCCUAAAAUCGCACCAUUGUUUACUGCAAUUUUCCUCUCGGCACUAGCAUAUGGAUACAUUUGUAUUGAUGGCGCUUCUUGGCAACACUUUCCUCCAGACUGCUUCAUAGAAGUUAUAACAAGAUGGGUUAGAGAACAUCAGGAUCUGUGCCAUGCUCCUUUAAAAGAAAAUUGCAUUCUCAUUCCUGGAAUCCGACCACCGACUCCUUACCUUGGCUUAUUCGUAUGGAGUGUGAUGUCUUGCUUAAAUGGUCGAGGAGAAGUCUAUACUGAAUUGUACAAUAUUCUGUGUAGCAUUUUCAGAGGUGGAAGCCUGUUAGUUAGUGAAGAUUUAAAACCUCUUGUGUGCCAUCUUUCUGCUGCUUCUUCCAGAAUUUGUUCUUCCGACUCCAAUCUCAAGGAAACAUCCCUUGUUGUAGCUGUUGACAGAUUUUCUAGAUUUCUUUCUAUGGCUGUAGCUGAGGAUACACUUUAUGUAGAUCAAGACUUUUGGCUAUCUGUCAGUGAACUGUACCGUAUUUCCUCAAACAGCUUCCUGUCCCCACUGCUUGAAAAACAUUUGCCUAGCUCUUGAUGUUCAGAGAAGGAAAGGGUUGACUUGUGCCCUGGAAGAGAAAUAUAUGUUGAACCGACUGAUGCCCUGAGCCCUUCUUCAUUUGAUCAAUAUUUGAGUGCUGAAGGUUCUGAACACGAAGAAGAUACCCUCCUCAGUGAUCAUUUCUUCUCAAAAUUUAUGGAUGCAAUGAGUUCUGGUGAAGAAUAGAGAAGAUAAGAAGAAUCACUGAGUUGAAGAUACUCAUGAAAAAAGGAAAUUGAGAAGAAAUUAUAGAUCUAAUUGAUUCUGUGAGUUUUUAAAUAAAGAAAGAUUCUCUGUUUUAAACCAAUUUAUU